UCCACAUGAAUGGACACAAUGCGACCCAGACAACGCUGCAUGCUUUUCUUCUGCCUAAUACAAACUUCCUGUUCACAUCGCAUCAAACCCGCUUCAGCUUUCUGUGUGACUGCAAACUGCACCAGAGUGCAUCUCGGGGUCCAUUUGCGUCGCGUUGCAGCUUUAACCCGGUCCAUCAUGCCCUGCGGUGUCCCACUUCAGUCCUCUGUGGUCUUCCCUCACGGGGAGGGGGGGGGAGGGGGGAGGGAGGGAGCAGAGCAGCAGGCUAACGGACACAGCGGCAGAUGUUGAGGAGUCCCACUGUCGGAUGUCCCACAGCCGGCUGGACGCAUGUUUACAUCCACGCGAGCGAUUCAGGCGGGGACGCGCGCGCGCACCGCAAACUCCUCCAAUGCAGGCGCGGAAUAAACGGGAUCUCCCGCAUGUCACCCGCAGAACAGCUGAAAAUAACGGAUUUGUUUGAUCACAGAGAGAAACACUGAGGCUCCAGCACAACAGGAGAGUUGACGUGCUCUGGUUCUCGGUGAUCCAUGAUUACAGGAUGGACAGUUGAACAUUGUUAGCACCCCCUGGUGGUGUGGAGGAAUGAGGGCCUCUGGAUGAAGGCCAUGGAGCUGAAAGUCUGGGUGGAUGGAGUCCAGCGCAUCGUGUGCGGCGUCACAGAGUUCACCACAUGCCAGGAAGUGGUCAUCGCUUUGGCUCAAGCCAUCGGACGCACCGGCAGGUACACCUUGAUCGAGAAAUGGCGCGAGACAGAACGCCACCUGUCACCGCAUGAGAACCCUGUGGUGUCUCUCAACAAGUGGGGUCAGUAUGCCGGCGACGUCCAGCUCAUCCUCCAGCGAACCGGCCCAUCUGCGAGCGAGCGGCCCGCCUCUGACGGGCGGGCUCGUGUCCCGGAGCGAGGCUUCUACCGCCAGAGCCUGCCGCCUCUGGCCAAGCUCCGCCCGUCGGGGACAGACCGCUCGCUCAGAAGAAGGGAACCCAAACGCAAGUCUCUGACCUUCACUGGGGGGGCCAGGGGUCUGCGGGACAUAUUUGGGAGAAGCCGAGAUGCUGAAGCCAAACAGCCCCAGCCGCGGGGUGUGAGUCUGAACCUGUGCAGGCUCGGCGGUGUUGGGGUAGCAUCAGUACCCGGGAGUCCAUCCAGAGAGCUGAGCCGGCUGGUGCAGCUGCAGAGAGACAAACUCCAGGCGCUGGAGAGCCGUCUGCUGGGCUGCGAGGCCGAGCUGCGCGACUGGGAGGAGGCCGCCGGCGAGGUUGAUGAAGGAGCAAACGUGGAGGAGGAGCUGCUGCUGUUAGAGCAGCAGGUGAGGAGGAACAAUGCAGAGAUGGUGGAGGAGGAAUUCUGGCAGAACGAGCUGCAGAUUGAGCACGAGAGCGAGCGGCAGCUCCGGCAACAGCUCGUCGAGCUGCAGGGCCGCGUACGCGACUGCGAGGCCGAGCUCUCGGAGUACUCGGCGCACAUGCAGAGCAUGGAGGGAGGCCUGGAGCAGGAGCAGCUGCAACAGGAGGCUGAGCUCAACCAGAGGGUCAAUGAGGAGGAGUUGCAAGCCCAGCUGGAGAAAGUGAGGACGGAGCUUGAAACGCAGAGCCAACACGCGGCUCGGCUGGAGAGCAGCUGCAGGGCGUUGGAUUGCUCGCUCGGCCAGUCCAGCGAGACAUUGCAGGAGAAGGAGCAGGAGCUGGAGCAGCUGACAAAAGAGCUUCGACAGGUCAACCUGCAGCAGUUCAUUCAGCAGACCGGGACCAAGGUCACCGUGCUGCCUGCUCAACCUGCAGGAGAGAGCCACAAUGAAGUGGACUCCGGUUCUCUGAAGCGACUUGGCUCCUCUCGUCUUUUACCCAGCGACCUUCGUACCCUUCAAAGCAUCGCGAACUCCAACCUCAACCCCGAAGGCAUCUACGUCUGACCCCACACUGUGCCGGGAAACAUUAUCUGAGCAGCGGGGCCGGCCUGAUGUCAUCAGGGCUGUUCCUCGGACUGAGAGACUCCCCAAACUGCUGGAAUGCCCUUGAGCAAGGAAGCGAGGCGAAGCGCGGAGGAUGAGUCGGGUAUCGCAAACAAAAACAGUUCUCACAUCUGUUUUGCAUCUUUCUUGCUCUGCCUCCUCCUCUUCCAGCUUACUAGGACUGAGAAUCCAACUGAUGUCAAAAUUCAUUUUCAUACUAACAUUGAAGCCGUCUAUACUCCAGGAGGUGAGUGAAGAUUCCUCUUGCAACUCUAAAAUUCCUUUUUCUCAGAAUAAAAAAAAAAACGACUACAAGCCAGCAGAUGUAUUUUCGUUGCCUCAGGAGGCUUCAGCCAGACAGAUGACCUUCAUUUGUUUAGUUGUAAAACAUAAAUAGGAGGAUGCAACGCUUGGACAUAUAUAAGCAUAAUCCAUGCACGCGCAUGCACAAACACUUGUACGAUCACCAUAGCCAUAUCGGAUUGCCUUAUGCUCUGGUGUUUAAAAACCAGACGUCAAUAAUGUCAAAAGAGAACUCAAGUAGCUACUAAACUAUGCGCCAUAUACAUUUGAUAGAAUACUUGGCACUAAUUCAGGUGACGCCCAGUCAUCGUAACUGAUGUCGGUGUAACUCUACAGUGGCUCAAUCUUUUUCUUUCACAUACGUCUUUUUUUUAAAUUAGAUUUUUUUAUAUUGGUUUUAAACAGGAAUGCAUUUGUUUGAUAUUUCCUGUGUUUUGACAAAAAUGAACAUAUGUUUUACCCGUCGGAUAAAAUAAAUGAGAGAGGAGGAAAAUAAUGCAGGAACAUCUUCAACUAUUGGACAUUGUUGGUGGAAUAGUUUGGCUCCAGGUUUAGUUUGAUGUCAUAUUUGGUGGAGAGCCAUUAAUCUCUUCUUUGUUUCACUCGAGCGCUUCCUCCAAAAGCUCUGAAACAUGAAAGAAGCUAUGAGGAUGAGUGAUGAGAGAGGCCACUGUGCCUGCAGUGUUACUCCAGCUUGGAAAGUUUGCGAACAAUUACGACAUACCCAGUUGGACCACCAGGUGGCGACAAAACAUAUUAUUCAGAGGUGUGAAAGUUAACUGUGUGAAAGUUGCCUGAGUUCUGAUGUUAUCUGUUUCUAUUCAAUGUCAUGGGUCAAACAUGCAUCUUGUUUUUGUUUCAAAGCUUCAGCACGUUAGCCUCAUAGUUUAUAAUCUGAAGUGCCACUUGGAUAUUUCGACAUAUUUCUCUGUGUUCAAAAAGUCUUACAUCCACAUAUUACAAUCUUUUGUUCCAUCUGAUUUUUAUAAUGAACUAAAGAUGUCUCUUAUGAACCAAAGCCAGUGUGAACAACUAAUAGUUAGAUGAAUGUACUUUUUUAUGUGAAUGCAACUUAUACCCGUGAAAUAUACCAACUCGAGUCACAUCCUAGUCCCGCUUUCAGGUUCCAUGAUUUGCCGUGCCGGGUGGUUGAGCUCUGUCUUGUUGCACCGUGACACAGAAAAGGUUGACAAGAAAAUGUGUUUACUUCUUUCAAAAGUGUUGUUGGUGCUGCAUUGGCCCAUUUCUAAUUUGAUGAUUUCUCAACACGGAAUAAAAGGGGAUUUCUCAGAGGAUUUGUAGGAUGAAACUGAGGCAAACAGCGCUCUAAAAAGGGUCCAUACGCUUUUAAACAAUUUCAAUACCUGUGGUUGUAUGUCUAACCUGUGAAAAAAGUCUGGAAGUUUUAACUCUCGAUAAUAUCUUUUCACAAAUUAUAGCAAUAGUACAUUUUUGGUCCUGUUUUGGGCUGUAAGAACGGAGCUAAAAUGUGUUUUUGUAACUUGUGGGUGAGCAUAUGUAACUUCAGUGUCAGAAACAGUGUGGGAAUUUAGAGUACUGAGUUUCACACGCAACUCGUGCAGCCUCAUCUUUGAUGUGCACUGUGCAAAGUAACUAAAUACCUUCCUUACGUACACUAUUUCAUCAACCUAUACAUUAUGAAAAAUCUACAAAUCUUCUUUUUUACCCAAAUUUAAUUUCUUACGCUUUUCACAGUUUAUAAAGCGUGACAGACAACCACACGUUUUGAAAUCGUUUCCCCAGCUCAAUAUCCAAUUGACCCCCAGGAUGAACCUUGUGUUUGUGCUGCGAGCGAUAACAAAGUGAAUUCCUUCCUCCGGCGAGAAGGAUCUUCGUUGUUUGCUCUGCGGUACGAAGGUAAACCCGAGGAGCUCCCAUCGCAACGCGCCAAACUAUUCUCAGAAAUUAACACACGCUUCCUUUUUCUCGCCUCCUGCUCCCUUCAGUAUGCAGUCUUAUCGUCACGACAACAACUUCAGCUCACUGUGACAUGCAGGCUUUAAUAACAGUUGACUGAAUGCCUUUGAAGAAUAGCAUGCUUUACCGGGAAAAAAUAAUGUAAAUAAUCUACACAUCGCUGCAGUAUAUGGAUUUUAAGAUUGUCUGAAAUACACCCAACGGUUAGAUUUGAACGCUGCCCUUCAAUCGGCAGCUGUGUGUGCAUGCAAUAAUGUGUGAUUGGUUUAUUUGGACUCCCAAUUACUGGCUGUCCAGGUUGCAACAAUUCACCUGAGAUUGAUUAUAUUUUCAGUUUGUUGGGUCCCUCUCUGCAUUGCUGACAUUUACACUGGUGGACAUGUGAGCUUUUGGUAAAGAGCAGACAGCUCGGCGUGCCACUCGCAGGGAAAAAAUGACAAAACCUGCACAUUGCCGUCUUCCCUUUUUGACUUAAUUCUAACUGUGGAUGUAAAACAGAUCCGUGUUGCUUCGAAACAUGACAGUGGUUUUACAGAUUUCUGCAAAUGAUUGCUUUCCGUUGUGCCAUAAAUGGGGCUUUCGAUAAUAAUGCAGAAACAAACGACGCGAUGGAGCCAUUAUGGAAACAGCCAUCGAGUGGUGUUGAAAGCUGAAGCAGAAUGCGGCGGCUCGGGGAUAUCUCCAGGCACGGAACAAGAAUGGGCAGAAAGUCAUUAUGGGUGUUUUCGUCUCGAGCCAUUUGACAAGUGCAAUUGUCUGUUUGCUCUCACGGGGACUUGAGCAUCUGUUUUACAUUUACCACGUAGCACCGGCUCCUACACCACAUGUCGAAUGAUUUGGUUCUGGGAAGCGAAGCGCUGUUUGCAACGCAGGCUAUGAUUUGCAAAGUAAAACUCAGUGCGUUUACAUGAUGGUAUAAUUCGAAUCUUGCUUUAGUCGGACUAUGCUAUCUUUUGGGGGAUCUGCUGUUAUCCCAAUAUACAUGGCAGUGAGUAAUUCGAAUCAUUGGCCUUUGAAAGCAUGUCAUAUCCGAUACGAUAGGUGGCGCUGUUUUCAUUACAACUCGUGGUGAUACAGCCAUUUCCGCUUGACCUCUUCACCACUACCAACAACAACAACAUCAACAUUUGGAGAAAGAACCAUGAACUUUAGUAUGUUCAACUCCUUCAAUACAUUAAGCAUAAAUUCUGUCUGCUCUUCGGUCCAGAAAUGUGUGGUGGCUCUUGUGUUCUCCAGAGCGUUGUUUGUUUGUUUGUUUUCUGCCGGCCAGGCUCCCGGCAGUGACAACUUAUCGUCUCUUUCGACUUCCGGGUCACGACAUGGGAGGGAGGGGGCAGGAGGGCGGCGGGAUCUCAAGCAUGCGCAAAGACGCAAAGUCCAGUUCCUAAUCCAAUUCACCGUUACAUGCCGCGAUAGUCGAAUUAUCAACCGGAUCGUAUCGAGUUAUCCAGGGGUGUUAAUCGGAUCGUAGUUGGACCGCACAUAGUCGAACAAAGGUGUUUACAUGAAACGGGUAAUUCGAUUUCAGUCCGACUAAGCCAGUUAUUCGAAUGCAUGUAAACACGGUCAUUGUGUAAACUCAUUAUUGUACAGUCAACAUGUUCUGAUUUUGUAUUAACUCACACAUUCACCAGCUUGAUGUCUUCUUCUUGGGGUCAUCGUUCAGCCGCACAUUUAUGAAAAUCAAAUUCAAGAGUCAUGUAAAGUAUACAAAUAAAUGAAUGAAAUCUAUUUAAACACAUGCCAUAAAAUAAUAAACUGCUAUACAGUGCUGAA